AUGGCUUUUAUUUUGGAAGGAAGCGUGCCAGCUAUGCAGGUCGAGUCGGAUUUAUUCUCCGUUCCGGCCACUCUAGCGGAUUUUGUGCGGACAGAAGAAGAACGCAUUCUACCAACAUCAGGGCAAACAGAAGAAAUUAGUUCUGGAGAAAUUUCUUUUCACAUUCCCCCUUCAACGUCGGCGCUGCUAGUGCUAACGGAAAUUACGCUAGAAAUGGAUAUUGCAAUCAAAAAGCAAAUUGCAGGACUUGGUGCGGCUACGCAUAUUGAAAACACGGAUCUGGUUGCACCAGUGAACCUAAUAGCGCAUUCUAUAUUCAGCUCGGUAGAGGUAACAAUGGCCAACCGCCUGAUAACUAAUUCCACCCCAUUAUAUGCCUACCGAGCGUAUUUGGAAAAUUUGUUGGGGUACACACCGGCUGCCCUCAAAAGCCAGGCAACAAGUGCUGGAUUUUAUAUAGACACUCCCGGGUACCUAGAAGAUCAUGCCAAUAACGCUGGAGAAGUAACGCGGAAAGCCAUGUUUGUGACCAACGAGUACGUCCCAUUCAGCGCCAAAUUAUGUACGGACAUUUUCCAGCAGGGAAAAAAUUUGAUCACCGGUGUACCGCUACAUGUGCGCCUCAUUUUGAAUAAGCCGGAAUUCUACCUGCGUUCAUACGCCAAUCUUCCAGUGGAUACUUUUAAAGCAUACAUUCGCAAUCCGCGGCUGUACGUCAAACGCUUUGUGCCUAAUCCGGCAUAUUUGUCUGCGCUUACUGCCCAAUUAUCGACAAAGACUGUGAAAUACCCUAUUGAGCGAGUGUGUAUGCGUGUUAAUGAUAUUGGUAUGAUUCAGAGCACAGUGCUGGCUAAUUUACAUAUUGGAGCAGUACCCAAAUGUGUUUUUGUGGGAUUUGUAAAAAGCUCGAGUUUUCACGGGCUGCGCCGAGGUAAUCCGUUUAACUUUGAACAUUUCAAUCUCAACUAUAUAAGUGUCGAAGUCGACGGACAGUCGUAUCCCGCACAAGCCUACCGACCAAAUUUCGCCACGGGUGAUUAUUUGCAAUCAUAUGACGGUCUUUUGGAGACGCUUGGCCGCUUGCACGCACCGGACGGGGCGCUGCCUUUCGACCGUAAAGCAUUUGCGGAAGGAUUUGCUAUUUGGGGAUUCGAUCUGACACCUUCACGGACAGGCCGGGGACCGAUGAGCACCGUACGCCAAGGAAAUCUAUCAAUCCGCCUGCAGUUCGCCGCCCAAUUAACUGAACCAAUUAUGGCCAUUACGAUGAUGGUGUGGGAUAAUAUAAUUGAAGUCAACUCACAUCGCCAGCUCAUUGCGGAUUUUACGGCUUAA